AUGAUCAUCAUUCGAGACAUCCAAACUCAUAGCUUCUCACAAGAAAUAGCCGAUUUGAAAAACAGACAAUGCGUCAAGCAUAAUAGUGCAUUGCUCACUUUACAUCCUUUUCUCGAUCAGGACGGGAUCAUCAGAGUAGGAGGACGGCUAGCUAAUGCGCAGUUAGAGUAUGAACAACGACAUCCGAUUGUGUUGCCAGCACAUAACCAUGUCACUCGAAUAAUCAUUCGUGACGAACAUCUCAGGAAUUUGCAUCUAGGACCACAGGCGUUGCUCGCCACCUUACAAGAGUCUUUCUGGAUAAUAUCCGCAAAAUCCGCGAUUAGACAAGUAUUGCAUAAGUGUACUGUUUGUUUCCGCGCGCGACCGCGUCACGUGCGUCAGAUUAUGGGCGAUUUGCCGGUGUCCCGUGUCAUGGGCACCCGUGCGUUCGUCAAUGUGGGCAUAGACUACGGCGGUCCAUUUAACAUAAAACUUAGUCGAAACAAAACUGGCAAGGCUUAUAUAUGUGUAUUCGUUUGUAUGGCCACCAAGGCUAUCCACAUAGAGUUGGUCUCUGACCUGAGUACAGCAGCUUUCUUGAAUGCACUAAAACGUUUUAUAGCCCGUCGCGGUUUAUGCACUCACAUACAUUCAGACAAUGGUAGUAAUUUUAAGGGAGCAAGUAGAGAGUUACAAGAAUUUUUCAAAUUAAUAAGAACGGCCUCCCAUCAAGAGACAAUCCAUAAUUAUUGCAUGAAACAAGCCAUUCAAUGGCAUUUUAUACCUCCAUAUUCUCCCCAUAUGGGUGGCAUUUGGGAGGCAGGUAUCAAAUCCGUAAAGACGCAUCUAAGAAAAAUACUUGGUGAAGCACUCCUUUCGUUCGAGGAAAUGUACACAAUAUUGACUCAAAUUGAAGCCGUGCUUAAUUCACGACCAUUGACGCCAUUAUCGACAGAUCCAACAGAUCUGCAAGCGCUAACUCCUGGACAUUUUUUAAUUGGAGCCCCUCUCAAUGCCAUUCCACAAUGUUCUCUAACGGAAAUGCCCAAUAACAGACUUAAUCGUUUUCAGUAUCUUACAAAACUCGUACAAUCCUUUUGGUCACGGUGGUCCAGAGAGUACCUGUCAACCCUUCAAAAAAGAAUCAAGUGGAAUCGUGAAGAUCAAGUGUCUACUAUUAAAAAUGGCAUGAUGGUAAUCUUGCAAGAAGAUAAUCUUCCAUCUAUGCAGUGGCCGUUAGGGAGAAUUGUGGAAUGCCAUCCAGGUCACGAUAAGCAUAUCCGAAUCGUUAAUGUCAAGACUGCAAAGGGAGUGUUAUCACGUCCGGUCACGCGAUUAUGUAUCUUACCGAUAGAAUAG